ACAAAACUCGCAGCGUGAACGUGGCAGCCAUUUUACAUCCUCAAGAGUGAAUGAGUGGAGCCGAACUAGUGCCGGGAGUUGUACACUUUUCCUCUUGUAAUUAUCAAAAUUUCCUUCCGAAAUAAUCAACACCAUACAAGUUGGUGAUCCAUCGGCAGAUUUCUGGAGACAUGGCCACAGAACAUAUUAAUGGAAAUGGUCCAGAAGAACCAAUGGACACCACUGCUGCAGUUACCCAUUCUGAACACUUCCAGACUUUAUUAGAAGCUGGUUUACCACAGAAAGUUGCUGAAAAACUAGAUGAAAUUUACAUAGCAGGUUUGGUAUCGCACAGUGACCUAGAUGAUAGAGCGAUUGAGGCUCUGAAAGAGUUCAACGAAGAAGGUGCUCUGCAAGUUCUGUUGCAGUUCAAGGACAGCGACCUCUCACAUGUUCAGAACAAAAGUGCCUUUCUUUGUGGAGUUAUGAAGACAUAUAGACAGAGGGAGAAACAGGGUACCAAAGUCUCAGACUCCAAUAAAGGACCAGAUGAGGCCAAAAUCAAAGCCCUGCUGGAGAGAACUGGCUACACGCUCGAUGUAACAACAGGUCAGCGGAAGUAUGGAGGCCCCCCUCCAGAUUCUGCUCACACAGGGGCACAGCCCACAAUUGGUACAGAGAUUUUUGUUGGCAAGAUCCCUAGAGAUCUAUUUGAGGAUGAGCUGGUCCCUCUGUUUGAGAAAGCCGGCCCCAUUUGGGACCUGCGUCUGAUGAUGGACCCCCUCAGUGGCCUGAACAGAGGUUACGCCUUUGUCACUUUCUGCACUAAAGAGGCGGCGCAGGAGGCUGUCAAGCUGUGUAACAACAAUGAAAUUCGACCCGGCAAACACAUUGGUGUGUGCAUCUCUGUGGCCAAUAAUAGACUAUUCGUUGGCUCCAUCCCCAAGAGUAAAACAAAAGAGCAGAUUGUGGAAGAAUUUGCCAAAGUCACGGAGGGUCUUAACGAUGUCAUACUGUACCAUCAGCCAGAAGACAAGAAAAAGAACAGAGGCUUUUGCUUCUUGGAAUAUGAAGACCACAAAACUGCCGCUCAGGCCCGCCGCCGGCUGAUGAGUGGCAAGGUCAAGGUGUGGGCGAACGUGGUGACUGUGGAGUGGGCUGACCCCAUAGAAGACCCUGAUCCUGAGGUCAUGGCCAAGGUGAAAGUGCUGUUUGUCCGAAACCUUGCGAGCACUGUAACGGAGGAAAUACUUGAAAAGGCCUUCAGUCAUUUUGGCAAGUUGGAGCGGGUGAAGAAGCUGAAAGACUACGCCUUCAUCCACUUUGAGGAGAGAGACGGUGCAGUCAAGGCCUUGGCCGACCUGAAUGGGAAAGACCUGGAGGGAGAGCACAUUGAAAUAGUCUUUGCAAAGCCACCUGACCAGAAGAGGAAAGAACGCAAAGCCCAGAGACAAGCGGCUAAGACACAAAUGUAUGACGAUUACUAUUACUACGGCCCACCUCACAUGCCACCUCCCACAAGAGGCAGGGGACGAGGUGGCGGCCGAGGAGGCUACUCUUACCCCCAUGACUACUACGGCUAUGAAGAUUACUACGAUUACUAUGGCUACGACUACCACAACUACCGGGGUGGCUAUGAAGACCCCUACUACGGCUAUGAGGACUUCCAAGCUCCCAGCCGAGGACGAGGAGGGGCCCGAGGCGGAGCCCGUGGUGGUGCCACCCUAUCCUCCCGGGGCCGUGGAGCUGCCACGCCCAGGGGCAGAGUGGGUGGCUUUUCUCAGCGAGGUGGAAGUGGCCCUGGAUCGAGCAGAGGUGUGCAGGGGACCAAAGGGGCACUGGCAGGGAAAAGGGGUCGAGGCCGGUCCUGACCUGUCACUAUGAAGACUGACUUACUGUGUUGGGUUACACCAGAAGCUGCAAUGGAUACGGAUGGAAAAGUCAGCAAAAUGGUCCAAUAUUCCAGCCUUACAGAAGCAUCUCCCCCAAACUGCCACCUAAACAAUCAGCGGAUUAUUUAGAAAAACUUGCCUCCCCCUGUAUGCCCACACCCCCCAAAAAAUGCCAUUUUAAAUAAUUAUUGAAGAAUUUGCACUUUUUAAGUUUCUUAGUUUGAAGUGGCUCAAAGGAGCUUGAUGCUAUUGUAUAUUUUUGUGCUAAUCACAAUUUUUAUUGUUGGAAUAUCCCUGUUAAUCUUAAUUGUUUGAUUUGGAUGUUUGAAGAGAACAUUUGCAGGUUUUAGGUGUAACCAGCUGGCAUGGAUAAGUCAGGCAUUCCAGGAAAGUGGUUCUUUUCAGAACUUGUCUUUUUUAAAGGGUUGGUUAACUACCUCAGUACAGAGGAUUAAACUACCCGGCCUGUACUGUAAAUAGGGAAACUAUAUUGAUGAAAGCAGGGCUUGUUUCCUACAAAAUAUGCACAAGAGCAGCAGCACAACCGAAAGGACUUGCUGCAGCUCUGACAUGGCAAACAGUCAAACUGGGCAUGCAAAAAUAAUCUCAUAUGAUGAGACUGAACAAGCCCUGCUUUUAUCCUAUUUUGAACUGAAUAAGCCACCUUGCUUCUUCAGAUUAUUGUAGUUACUGGUUGUAUAGUUUGGAAAAUGUUACUUUUGUAAAGGCUUGAACAUCAACAAGGGUGUCAACUGCCUUUGAAAAAGCCCUGCAGUGUCCCUUUGCCACUCCCAAUUAUUUUUUAUUGUUUUUAGAAUAGAUCAGAAUUAUGUUCAGUACCAUCCCCUUUACUGUAAAAUAAAUAUCCCAAUCAUGUGACAUCUUGAAUGAUCCCUCUAACUCUAAGCCAGCUACUAUGUAAUCAAGUCUUUUGAUUAAAAAGGAAUUGCCAUACUGCCCAGCCAGCGAGCAUGUGUGCCUGUAGCUGUUUCGAAGGGGAUCGUGAUCAUACAGUGGUAAAAGGGAUACUGCAGCUGUUAUUCGUAUUCCAUGUAUAGCGAAAAGGAGACUGAACUAUUCAUCCGGUUUUGUACACUGUUAACUCCCUCAAUAAAAUAAUUACAACCACCUUUUGAAAAAAUGUUAGCAGUUUUAAACUAUUGUUGGUGGCCAACCACGUUUUUGCAUUCCUGCAAAUAAAUUGUUUUAUACUGUAAAAUGGAGGUGAGUGUAACUUAUUUUUGUAAUAAAGUUUUUGAUUUCUA